GUAAAAGUGCGUAAGCCGAAUUGCGAAAUUCGUCACCGCGCAGGGCGCAGCUGGUCGACACCGCAACUACGCCGCCGCCGUCCAACUCUCCCACCACUGUCAUCGCCGUCACCACCACGAGCUUGCAAUCGUCGUGAUAACGACGUCAACGAGUGACGCGACGUCUUUUUUCGGCUAUACAUUUUAUUAUUCGCGAUUCGGUUGUUCCGGAUGACGUUCACGUCAAUAACUUAUUAUUAAUCGGCGGCGAAGAGAUAAAGAAAGUGUUUGCGUGAGUAUUAGCGAGAGAGCGAAGGAGAGAAAAAAUAAUAAACGUCAACAGAGAUAUCAGUUCAAAGUUCCUAUAUUUGUCUCCUAUUGACGAUGUUGACAUCGUCAGGCAUUCGUCGUGUCUGAAGCCGUUUUCUCUCGACACUAAUGGUCGUUAGUCGAAAGUCCUACCAUAACGCUGUUACAUCCCACGAAACGACAAGCUGAACAACAGCGAUGCCGAUCCAAGCUCCGCAGUGGACCGAUUUCCUGGCGUGCCCAGUGUGCUGCAAAGGUUUCGACAUCAAAGCUCGGCAUCCAAUUAGUUUGGGAUGCGCUCAUACUGUGUGCAAGUCAUGUUUGUCAAAUUUACCCAUAAAACAAUGCCCGUUUGAUCAAAAUUUAAUAAAUAUAGAUAUUGAUCAAUUACCAAUAAAUUAUGCUUUACUUCAAUUGGUGGGAGCUUCAAUACCAAACAAUGAAAACAUUCCUAAAUCUUUAUUCAAGAAUAUGUCACCUGAUGAAAGAUUGUUAUAUAAUAAAUCUAAAAAAUGUGUGGAACACCUUGCAUUAUAUUUAAAAUCAUUUGCUACUGGGGGUGGUCAAUCAACGAGUACUGGACUGUCACGGCCUAUGCAACGUAAAUUGGUUACCUUAGUUAAUUGUCAACUUUUGGAAAAUGAAGGCCGUAUGAGAGCCAUCAGAGCAGCCAGGUCUUUAGGAGAACGUAGUAUGACAGAACUUAUACUUCAUCAUCAGAGUGCUCAACAGUUGUCUACAAACUUAUGGGCAGCUGUUAGAGCUCGUGGUUGUCAAUUUUUGGGGCCAGCAAUGCAAGAAGAAGUUUUAAAACUUGUUUUACUCGCUUUAGAGGAUGGUUCUGCUUUAUCUAGGAAAGUCUUAGUAAUGUUUGUUGUUCAACGAUUGGAACCACAUUUUCCUCAAGCAUCUAAGACUAGUAUUGGACAUGUGGUUCAACUACUUUACAGAGCAUCAUGUUUUAAGGUAUCAAAGCGUGAAGGAGAUUCUUCCUUAAUGCAAUUAAAAGAAGAAUUUCGCACUUAUGAGAAUUUAAGACGAGAACAUGAUGCUCAAAUUGUAGAAAUUGCCACUGAAGCUGGACUUCGAAUAGCUCCUGACCAAUGGUCAGCUCUACUUUAUGGUGAUUCAGCUCAUAAAUCACACAUGCAAAGUAUCAUGGAUAAAUUACAGAGUCCUCAGUCAUUUUCACAGUCUGUUCAAGAACUCAUUAUAGCUUUACAGAGGACUGGUGAUCCUGCUAAAUUAUCAUCUCUAAGAUCAAAUUUUGAACUUUUAGCAGCAGUUGAUCCUAAUCCUAACUUGGAAUGGUGUACUUGGGAAAAAUUACAUUCUGUUCUUGAAAGUGCUAGAAUAGUAGUAGCUGGUUUAAUUGAUUUUGUCAAAUCUCAUGGCAGUAGUAAUAAAGGAUUAAAAAAUGAAACUGUGCAGAGCCAAACAAAUGUACCUAGGUAUAAAGUUAGUUUAUGUAGAGACCUUAUGAUGCGAGGAACAUGUCCAAGAGGAGGAAUUUGUACAUUUGCUCAUUCAGAAGAUGAAUUAGAAAAGUACCGAAAUAAGAACAGAAAAAACAAUCGAGUGGCUCCUAUAACUGUUGAUCAUGAAUACUUGACAAAUAAAUCUAAAUUUAUGCCAAAUGAACAAUAUGAUUUCAUGGGUAAUAAAAAACCAAUGAUAUUAUCUGAAAAUUCUCAAGACAUUACAAAUAUUCCUGUUGAACAUUCAUACAUUGUACCAACUGGUCAGACUUAUUAUCAACCUAGUCAACAACAAAUGUACCCUGUUGGACAAUAUGGUCAUGAUAUUUAUGGUUCUGGAGCACAUUCCCAUGGCAUGAUGAUAAAUCCAAAUAAUCAAAUAUUUAUGGAUCAAAAUAUGCCCGGUCAUUCUAAUAAAAUGAAAAAUUUAUCAUCAAGUCUAAUGUCUCUUCAGAAUCGUAAGCAAGAACUUAUGGGUCAAAUUGAUAGGGUAAUGACAGCCUGUACUCUAACACCUGAUCAAGUGGAUUUUGAUCGUUAUUCAAUGUGGGACAACGGAUUGUUUCACUCUAAAACUGGACUGCCUUCUCCUGUAAAUAUUCAAACUGGACGUCCAAUGUUACUAAGAUCGGAUUCGAUAUUGGCCGAUCCUGAUGAAUUCGUACCGUUCGAAUUGGCGGUGAAUGGCAAGUACGGUCCUAUCGGAGGCAACGGCAGCAACCCAGUGAUACCCCCACCACCGCCGCCACCGGUAUCAGCCGGCAAUAACAACAAUCAACUGGCCGGGGGCGCGAAGAACGGCAAACCUUUGCGCCGGCCGUGCACUCUGUCAAUACCCACUCCCGCGGCUGCCGCGGCCGCUCAGGCCCAGUUCUUCAGCUCGACAACGACUACGACCAUUACGACGCCAUUGGGCACGCUGCGCGGUACACAUAACAGUCCAGUGGCCGCGUCCUGGUACUUCAACUCGCCGCAGGGUUACCCAGCCGCCGCGCACAUAGUCGCGUCUCCUGUAGGUGCCAUAGGCCAGAGUUACAUUACCAUACACAGCCCGGCUGGCAUAAUGGAACCUUCGAACUUUUUCGGUGGCCAUAAAACGCCCAAGAGUUUGAUGGUAGAAUCGCAGAAAAUGAAAAACCAGUUAAAACAUCUACAGAAAAAGAUAAACGAUUUAAAGCUUGCUACUCGCAAUGAGGCUGCCAAAGAAACUGAGAAAUUGUCUGAACAACUAGCACGGAUUGAAAAAGACAUUCAAACAAAAGAACAACAAUUUUUGACACAGUGGCAUUCUGAAACAGCCACUAUUACUGCUUGGGGUGAUGAAAUUUGGUCUAGUACUACUUCUACCGGGUUUACUUCUCAACAAGACAAUGCUUAUAACAGUAAUGAUAUUCAACAAGCAGAAUUAAAAUUGAAUGGUGGUGAAAAUGAACCUGACAAACCUACUGUAGAAGAAGUCUAG